ACGUGAACAUGCAAACUCCGCACAGAAAUGUUAACUGGCCCAGCCAAGACUCAAACCAGCAACCUUCUUGCUGUGUGGAAACUGCUAAUUACUGAGCCUCCAUGCUCUCAGAAGUUUUAUUUCUGAGUCUCAGGAGGUUGUGAAUAUAUACGCUAAUAAUUCUGAUAUGAAAUGACAUUAUAAACAGUGGUUGCACCAGUGGAUUACAUUUAGGGGAUGGAACGUGGCUCAGACAUUAGCUGUUUGCAUGAUCAUACACCAUAGGCAGUAACAUAAUGGGUGGAUAUAUCCGACGUUUCGUAUUCUGUACUAAUUCUGUAGCACGGAUGUACUUGAUACGUUAGCGUGCUCAGCGAGCGCAGUGCGUGCUGUAGUACGCAGAAGCGCUCUGUGAGUUGAGCUGCGCUCCUGUGUGCUGGAGGGAGGGGGGAUUGGGUCAUUGAGUUCAUUCGCACUACAGCAGCGGCGCCCUCCAUAGAGAUCCGCUGUCUCUCUCUCUCACUCUCACUCCAGCUGGCAAGAAUAUGUGUCAGAUGGAUGGUGAGGCGAAAAACAAGAUCUUUUAAAAUAUGGUGCAAACGGUACGUGCCUCCGCGCUUCGCUUGACCUUUCAUCAGGACAAAGGAAGUCGAUGAGCCGUUUUAAGCGGAGCCGCUGCUGCUGCCAUUUUCGGGUCAAUCGAGGAGACUCGCCGGAGCUUGAGCUGUCGAUAAGCGGAAUAAUACAGAGCCGAGAGAUGGAGCGCCGUGAAUGAUUAUGGCCGAUAGUCACCGGAGGGCAACGGAUAGAGGCAGAGGCAGAAUGACAUCAGGAUACUCGCAGCAGUUUGUCAGCAGCAAAGCGUCAGACAUUCAGGAGCUCGCGUCCAAGCGCGUGGACAUCCAAAAGAAGCGCUUCUACCUGGACGUGAAGCAGAGCACCCGCGGCCGCUUCCUGAAGAUCGCCGAGGUGUGGAUCGGCCGUGGGAGACACGACAACAUCCGCAAGAGCAAACUUACGCUCUCCAUGUCCAUGGCACCCGAUCUGCGCUACUGCCUGGGAGACUUCAUCGAUUAUUACGCGCACAUCGGGCUCCGAGGAUGCCAGGCGGCGGAACGCCGGCCGGAGGAGCAGAGCAACGGCCAGGGCCGCGCGCCGGACCCUCGCCGGAGAGCUGAGCAGGCGGCGUCACCCAACGGCUCCGGUGCGUCCGAAGAGCAGACGCACCGGGUGCUGAAGAGCGAGUUCAUCGAGCGGGACAACAGGAAGUACUACCUGGACCUGAAGGAGAACCAGCGCGGACGGUUUCUGCGCAUCAGGCAGACCGUCACCCGAGGACACGGGAGCAUGGGCUACUACGGCCAGGGCAUCGAGCAGACCAUCGUGCUGCCCGCGCAAGGGCUCAUCGAGUUCCGAGACGCGCUGUCUCAGCUGAUCGACGACUACGGCGACGACGAGCCCGAGCGGGCCUGCGCGCGGAACCACGAUGAGUCUCCAGAGCUCCCCGAGGCGGCGUCGUUCCGCGUCGACAACAAACGCUUUUACUUCGACGUGGGCUCAAACCGGUUCGGCGUGUUCCUGAAGAUCAGCGAGGUCCGGCAGCCCUACAGGAACACCAUCACCGUUCCUCUGAAAGCCUGGGCGCGAUUCGGCGAGAACUUCAUGAGGUACGAAGAGGAGAUGCGACACAUCUUCAGCUGCCAUAAAGAGAAGAGGACAGACACGGAGGAGCAGGAGGAUUGACGCAAACUAGUUUUCUGUUUUUCCUCUUGUUAUUAGUUGUACCUGUAGUCUCUGCUCUGCUAGUGGACGAGCGCGAUGGCACUUUCCCCGCUCGGCCCCUUCCGUUCAUGUCUAUUAUUGCAGUUGAUUUAAAUCUGGUAGGCAGCAUCCAAGCGGCUCUGCUGUGUGUGUGGGACUGAACAGGUGCAGUCUUUCAGUGUGUGUGUGUGCGCGUGUGAUAGAGAGAUCAUACUUGGUCUCUCUACAUGUAAUAAUUCCUCCCAGGCUUAAGGUAUGAGGCUGCUGUGCAAUUUAAAAGCUGGGAAUCAAAUAAUCAAGAUCUUAUAAAGCACUUAUGUCAGAGUUGCGAUCGUUCAGAACGAUCAAGUGCAGAGUAGGCAAUUUGAUGGUCCAAAGUGAAGGUUAUUUCUUUUGAUGCUUGAAGUUUGACUUCAUCUCAAUGAUCAAAAGCGCUGCAACACUUUACCAUUGCACAAAACUACUUUCCCCAACUGAAAAUCAGAAACCAAAAAGUGCAUUAAUAUUUAUCUUAUUUGGAUGUUAUUUACGCACUAGCCCACGGACAAAUGUCGAACUAAUGAGGCUGUGUGAAAUAUAUAGAGCAUCACAUAUGACAUUGAUAUAACGUGAGAAGCUUUUAGAAAUGGCUUUAAAUAACAGAAUAAUGAAUUUUAGCUCUAUCGUGACGAUUCAAAUGCUGAAUCACUAGUGUGCAAUAUAUUAUUUUCAUCAGCCCCUGUGAGUGGGCUUAAAUGAAAACUAUGUUCUUAAAAGAGAACAUAAAAUAGCAAAUGAUUUUAAUUUUAAAACGACUGAUUUCAAUUUAAACUUAGCUUGGUUUGGAGUCUGCUCUUAUGUGAGAUGUUGAAUAUAGUCGUCACAUUGGGGAUUUACAGAUUUUGACAUGACGUCAUUCUGCUCAAAACAGCAGUUGUGUUUAAAACAAACAAUUAUACUUGUAUCCCACUGCUAAUAAGUAAGCUUUAGUUUAUUUAAAGUGUUCGAUAAAAUGUGCCACAUCCCCAGAAUGUCCGUCUUUCCUUUUCAUUAAAUUUUAAAAAAACAUAUUGGGCAUACUACGGACAGUAUGCAUUUUGCAUACCUAAUUUAAUUUGAAUAUAACACAAGCAGUAGAACUGUACACUGUAAAAAAAAAAAACAGUUUUUUUUUCCGGCAGCUAAAUUACUGAAAUUUACCGUGAAAUAACAGACGUUAAAUUACAGAAAUUAAGAUGUAAGGAAAUUUCUACAAUUUACCAUCUGUUAUUCUUCAGUAAAUUUCUGUAAUUUAACGGCCAUUAUUUUACGGGAGGGAGGGGGGGUUCCGGCACCCCAGUUAUUAUACAUAAAAUUAUGGAUUUUUUUACAGUGUGUUCUAUUCUGAAAUACACAAAAAGCAUAUGUUAACUAUAUUUGCCUUUUCAAAUCUUUAUUUCCUGGGGUUGUAGCAAUUAAAGACAUGAACGUUCAUGCAAUUGUUUUCUCGUUAAAGCACAACUAAAUUUAGAAAUGUUUGCGUUGUGUUUAUUUGUACUGUGACAAUUGCCCAGCUUACAAGAAAAGCAAUUUGCUUAGGCACUUCUGUUGAUAAAUUUAAAGGUUUCAGCUAUCAACUGCUAACCUAAUACUUCUUUUUUUUCCUCAGUUCACAAAUGUAUGUGUGAGUGAGUGAGAGAGAGUAUUUAUCCUCAAUAUGACUGAAUUAUGGGUAUGUUCUAUUGGUUGGUGUUAAAAUGCUGAUCUAUAACAGACACCUCCUCCAGGAAGCACUUUAUUCAAACAGCACUUUUGAGCUGCUUCACCUGCUUUACCACUGCAAAGCGGACCUUCAUUUGUGCCCCAUGUAAGAACGAGUGACAAUCGUGCUCUCCAAUGAACACAGCCUUUCAGAAGUGCGUUCAUCUGUUUGCUCUUUGCACUUCUCGGUUUAUUUCGAUCAGAUUAGGUUGCGACGUGUUAUUUCAAGGGAGUCUGAUUAGCAUAUUACUGACACCACGUAUUCAGUCUGUGAUUGUAUUGUUCUCUCAUGGUUUGUUUCCUGUGACUGUAUGCACACAGUUUUCUUACUAAAAAAAAAAGGGCUGCUAUUG